AGUAGCCCCCGGUGUCGGGGUAGGAGGGACGACGGUUGGUGAGGGGAAGCUGCUGAGAACUCCUGUUGCUGGGACGAUGGCGGGGACGGCGCUCAAGAGGCUGAUGGCCGAGUACAAACAAUUAACACUGAAUCCUCCAGAAGGAAUUGUGGCAGGCCCCAUGAAUGAAGAGAAUUUUUUUGAAUGGGAGGCCUUGAUCAUGGGCCCAGAAGAUACCUGUUUUGAAUUUGGUGUUUUUCCUGCCAUCCUGAGUUUUCCACUUGAUUAUCCCUUAAGUCCUCCAAAGAUGAGAUUUACCUGUGAGAUGUUUCAUCCCAACAUCUACCCUGAUGGGAGGGUUUGUAUCUCCAUCCUGCAUGCCCCAGGAGACGAUCCCAUGGGCUAUGAGAGCAGCGCUGAGAGGUGGAGCCCUGUGCAAAGUGUGGAGAAGAUCCUGCUGUCGGUGGUGAGCAUGCUGGCAGAGCCCAAUGACGAGAGUGGUGCCAAUGUGGAUGCUUCCAAAAUGUGGCGGGACGACCGAGAGCAGUUUUAUAAGAUUGCCAAGCAGAUCGUACAGAAGUCUCUGGGGCUCUGA